UUAAAAAUUGUUAAAAAAAUUAACUUUUGUGGUGGAAGCAUUAUCACCAGGGAGAAGGUCCUCACAGCCGCUCACUGUUUCGAACGUAACAACUUCGCGCACGCAAGAAAUCCAUCAUCACUGGCAGUGGUCGCAGGAGACCUGAGAAAUGUCAUCAUUGUAAACGAAUUCAUUUCGAACGAAAAGAUUCAGUGGAGAAUAAUCAGAAGCGUUGUUAUACAUCCAUACUUUAACUUUCCUUUGGAUGACAUAGCGGUGGUGUUUGUGAACUCGUAUUGGAAUUUCUCAAAAUAUAUUGAACCUAUUAAAAUGGCCAGGCAUCCAAUAGAUUACCCAGACAGGUGUUAUGCAGCCGGUUACGGAAGAACUUCCCACGCUGAGCAGAGCAAUAGAUCAGAAGUCCUUCUUAGAGCUAAAAUUGAUAUAAUACCGAGAACCAAAUGUACCCAAAUUUGGGAAAUACCAAUGGAUGACUUCGUUUGUACCAGCUCGGUGUAUUCUGACGUAGCAGUGGGAGAUUCAGGAGGGCCCUUGGUUUGCCGAGGCACGACGGACCCGGAGGAAGAGCCUGGCAAGGAGCUACUAGUAGGGGUGACCAGUGGUAAAAAUUUUGAUUAUACUAGUAUUUUUAUGAGAGUAUCUGCUUACGCAGACUGGAUCGACGACGCGAAUCCUUCAUUCGCGUCGUCAAUCCAGUGUUGCUUGCAGAACUGGUGUCUUUUAUUCUACAUUUAUUUCUUGCUUUUAAAUAUAUAG